GGCUCAAAGAGAAGAGGCACCAUGUGACAAAGGCCAAGAUCGUUUCGAGCAACGUAUCGCAGGGUACGUGGGAAACCGAGCCAGACUGAGGCAUGGCGCCCGAGCCCUACACUGGCCUUGACCAGGUGCAAAUCUAUAGGCACAAGGCUGAAACUGAGGGCAGCGAGGCCGAGAAAGAGGUUUGGCAGCUUCUUGCCACGGGUUUGGAUGCACUGAACGAGGAUGAUCCAGAUGUAGCCAUUGAAAGAGGGCACCAGGCCAUUGCCAAGGCGAAGCAGGCAAACUGCACGGAAGGUGAUGCAGAAGGCUUGCUGCUUGUCACACGGGCCCUGACCAGCAUCAACAGCCGAAAGGAAGGGGACAAGCUUGCGAGAGCACAGCUGGCAGAUGCCAAGCUCAAGAAGGACAAAUCCAUGGAGGCGAAAGCUCUGCUGGCUGUGGCCGAGGUCAAUGCUGACCAGAGAGGCUCCAAAAAGCGUGAGGAGGCACGCGUCGCCGGGAAACAGUCGUACGACUUCUUUUUGGAGCUUGGCGAUUUGCGGGGGCAAGCGGCCGCAUUGCUGGUCCAGUCGCACGUGUGCAUCAAGAGCAAGAACCAAGACAAGGAGAAACGGUCUGCAGAGGCCCUCACGUUGGCCUCGGAGGCCCGUCGGAUCUCUGGCGAGCUGAAGGACCAGCGGACGGAGGCCUCCUGCUUGCAUGCGAUUGCCUCGGCCUACGACAUCAUUGAUCAGCAUACCGAGUGCAUUCUCUUCGCUGAAGAGGCUCUUGAUCUUUAUUUGGACCUUCAAGAUCCUUAUGCUGAAGGGUUUGAGUUGUGCUGUAUGGCGCAGUGGUUUCUGAACCACGGCCGCCAUGUACUUGCUGUGGCUUAUGCAGAGGAUGCCUUGGAGAUCCUUCGAAAGGCGCCCAAGGCGAGUGCCUCGCAAGAGCUACGUGCCUUGCAGCUCCUCUCACAGGCUCAUGAAGGACGGGGUGACACGACGGGCUUGAGUGCCGUCCACGAGUCGCUGAAGCGCUUCCAGAACACGAACAACCAGUCUGCGGAGGCUGCUGCGAUGGACAUGCUGCUGCGAUCGCACUGCGACAAGGGCGAAUACAAAGAAGCCUUGGAGAUCGCUGAGCGAGCAAGGACCGCUUUCAAGAGUAUUGGCAACGAAGCCUCAGAAGCAAAUGUCUCAGCCUUGAGUGCUGGGCUGCACUUGAAGCUUCACAUGCCAGACGAAGCUCUCAAAAUAGGCUAUGAGGUCAUGGACCUGGUGAGACGGUCUGGCUCAACGAAGCAAAAGUCCGAUCUCAUGAUGACACUGGCCCAGGCGUAUUUGGAAAAACAGCAGCCGUACGACGCCCUGGAUAUGUGCAACGACAUGCAGCAGUUCUUUGCUGACAAAGGUGAUGUGGAGGGUGAGGCCGAAGCGCUCUUGGCGGCUGGAUCACUCCACGUCCUUCAAGAUGAUCUAGACCAAGCUCGAGAAAAAGCCGUGAAAGCGCAGCUCAUGCUCAGCGAGGAAGGCCUGGCCAGUGGUGAGGGCCGGGCACUUCGUUUGCUGGCCGAGAUUUAUGCGAAGCAGGAGCAGCACAAGGCUGCCAUCAGGGCCGGCGAGCGGUCACGGGCCUUGCUGCGCGGAGAGGAGAACCCUGCGGAAGAGGCUUCCAUGCUUUUCUUGGUGGCCCAGGAAGCCGUGCAACUGGCCGUGGCCGAAGGUGCAAGAGUAGGAUCUGACAAGCCCCUGAAGAAACAUGCCAGGGAUGCAUUGGACAAAGCUGAAAAGUCGGCCAGAACUGCCAUGAAGUUGUGCAAGGAGAGCGCCAAGCAGCAGGGCAUCACGGAGGUUUUGGGUUCAUCCCUGUGCUCCCUCUCGCAGGUGCACAUGCUGCGAAGCAAAUACCAAGAAGCCCUCUCGGUGGCGCAAGAGGCCUCCCAGCUCUUCAAGGCAGAAGGCUACGCUCGGAACCAGGGUUCGGCCUGCAUGCUGUGUGCUGAUGCCUACCGUGCCAUGGAGAAUUACAAGGAGUCGCAGAGAGUGGCUUUGGAGGCAGUUAACUGCUUCAGGCUAUGUGAUCCUCCAGAUGAGAGAGGUCUGGAGGCCGCGCAGCAGGUUCUGGAUGCGCUGAAGCAGCAUUUGGCCCCUGCGCCCACCAGAGCAUAUGCAGGAGCCCCCGGGGCUGGUGGCCUCCCACCACAGAUGCUGCUCAGCUCCGAUGGCGACGAAGAGGAGGCGACGGAGACCCGCGUGGCCAGGCCACGGUCCACGGGUCCUGCGCUGGACAUAAAGAACCUGCAUCCAGAUUUGGUGAAGAAGAAGAUCUUAGAGGUGGCUCUCAGCUUGACUGGUGCUGCUGAAGAUGAGAUCGAGGUUGAUACUCCUCUCAUGGAGGCCGGCUUAACAAGCAGUAUGGCUGUUGGGCUGUCAGACGAGUUGAAGAAAGAUCUCCCUGGAAUCAACUUGCCAGUGACUCUGGUCUUCGACUACCCUUCCAUUUCCGCUAUGGCGGAGCUGAUCCUGGAAGGAGACUGAGAGAGAUCCAGACGCAGGGACCAGCUGCAGCAGCUGUACACAUCCCAGUUGCGCAGCGCCGGACCUCGGGUCCCCAUGUGAGACCCGCUAGGCGGCUUCGAUGUGCACCACAGAUGCCGGUGGAAUGUACCUCACCCUUCUUACUUGUCCGAGAGAAUGCCUGUUUUCGUGUGAGGGUCGUUGAGC